CGGCAUCUUCAUGCCUCGAGGAAGCUAUACGACUAUAAUCCUAUAUCAUAGCUGUCGUUUGUCGUCCACCGGGUCAGGGAGUUGCAUGAUCCGAUACCAGAACAGUCUUGAACGAUGAGCGCGCUUGAUCCAGAUGGGUACUACGACCUAGGCACGUACCAUCGGCCCGUGACCACCAACAGCAAAGAAGCCCAGAAAUGGUUCGACCGGGGCCUGAUCUGGAGCUACGCCUUCAACCACGAAGAGUCGGCAGCGUGCUUCCAAAGGGCCAUCUCCAUCGACCCGGACUGCGCAAUGGCAUAUUGGGGCCUGGCCUACGCCCUGGGGCCGAACUACAACAAACCCUGGGAAUUCUUUGACGGCGAAGAACUUGAGUCCACCGUCUCUCGGACUCACUCGGCCGUCGAGUCAGCCAAAUCCAAAGCGAAAGCCAAAGGCGCGUCUUCUGCCAGUGCCGUCGAACAGGCGCUCAUCGACGCCCUGGAAUUCAGAUACCCGCAAGGCCAACCGGCCAGCGACUGCUCGAUAUGGAACACGCCCUACGCCGCGGCCAUGACCUCCGUCUACGCCCGCUUCCCUGACGAUCUGGACGUCGCGACCCUCUGCGCCGACGCGCUGAUGAACCUCACGCCCUGGAAACUAUGGGACCUAUCCACGGGCCAACCCUCACCGGGUGCACGCACGCUCGAAAUCAAGCGCAUCCUCGAGCGCGCGUUAUCCCUGGCACCCCUGGGUCCUACCGGAGCCGCCCCCCCCGGCCCAAGCAACAGCCGUCGCGAUCGUGGUGGCGGCCUCUCCCAUCCCGGCGUGCUGCACCUGUACAUCCACCUGAUGGAAAUGUCGCCGACGCCCGAACUCGCCAUGCCCGUAGCCGACCACCUUCGGGGCCUCGUGCCGGACGCGGGCCACCUGCACCACAUGCCCACGCACCUGGACAUCCUGUGCGGCGACUACCGGCGGGCCAUCGCGUCGAACAUGGACGCCAUCGUGGCGGACGAAAAAUUCCUAUCGCGCGCGGGCGCCCUGAAAUUUUACACUCUGUACCGCUCGCAUGAUUACCAUUUCCGCCUGUACGCGGCCAUGUUCGCGGGCCAAAAGCACGUCGCGCUCGAAACGGCAGCGUGGAUCGAAGCUUCCAUCCCCGAAGAGUUACUGCGCGUCGACUCCCCGCCCAUGGCGGACUGGCUGGAAGCCUUCCUCGGCAUGCGCGUGCACGUGUACAUCCGCUUCGGGCUGUGGCGCGAGAUCCUAGAGGGCGAGGACCUCCCCCUCCCGCUUCCCGCCGACCAGGACCUUUAUUGUGUGACGACGGCGCUGAUCCAGUACGCCCGGGGCGUCGCGCUCGCGGCGACAGGACGGGUCCGCGAGGCCGAGACGCAGCGGGAUGUCUUUCGGACGAGCCUCUCUCGCGUCAAGCGCACGAGGACGCUGUUCAACAACGUGUGCACGGAUAUCCUGCGCGUGGCCGCCGCCAUGCUGGACGGCGAACUCGAGUACCGUCGCGGGAAUUUCGCGGAGGCCUUCGCACACCUCCGCCGCGCGAUCGAGCUGGACGAUGCACUGCCCUACGACGAACCCUGGGGCUGGAUGCAGCCGCCCCGCCACGCGUAUGGCGCGCUGCUGUUGGAGCAAGGCCACGUCGAGCAAGCCGCCGCCGUGUACAGUGCCGACCUGGGCUUCGACGACACUUUGCCCCGGGCGUUGCGACAUCCGAAUAACGUCUGGUCGCUGCACGGGUACUAUGAAUGCCUGACGAGGCUCGGUCGCACCGCCGAGGCGCGGAUUCUCAAGCCGCAGUUGGCGUUUCAGAUGGCCAUGGCGGAUGUCCCGAUCAAGUCUUCGUGCUUUUGCCGGACGAAUACGAACACGAAUACUGAUGCUGCAGACUUUACUAUCAAGGACGGGAUGAAUCUAUGACAGCGGAGUGGGAAUUAGCCAACAGUGGGUGCGAAUGGGAUUAAAUGGGUGCCAUCAUGAUGUGACAUGCUGAGCGAGGCUUGGGCACCGGACCCAGUGACAAAAAUAAAUCAGAGGAAAAUGCUUCCAUUUUGGCUGCUGCCAAUGCUAAUUAAUCAUAGAAAUAAGCUCGCAUUCCUCUCC